AUGAUUUUUGAUUCUUUAAAAGAGGCUGAACUUUUUUAUAAAGUUUAUGCUUCUCACUGUGGUUUUCAAGUGCGCAAUGGGACUGAUAAAAAGGGAAAACAAACUGUUGGAAAAGAAAUUGUUGAAGUGAUACUUCUCAAAUAUUUGCUUUGUACUAAGCAAGGUUAUUUUCAACCCAAGCCUAGAAAUCAGGAUGCUGAGUGUAGUCAAACGCGGAAAAGAAGUGUGACCCGUUCUGGUUGCUUUGCUUGUAUUCGGUUACGGUAUAGUUCUGGUGGUAAAUAUGUGAUUUAUUAUUUUCAUGAGGGCCAUUCUCAUCCUUUUUUAACCCCGAGCUCUAUACCCUUUACUAAAGAGUCCAGGCAGUUGACUCAGGUGCAAAAGCAAUAUAUUUUUAAUAAUGCCAAAGUGAAUAUAGGGCAUGUUAAGUCCUAUAGGAUGAGUAAAGAACAUUGUGGAAGUUAUAACAAUGUUCGUAGUACAAAAACUGAUUUUAAAAACUUUUAUCGUGAUUUGAAAGUUUAUAUAGGCGAUAAAGAUGCGUUUAUGUUCAAGGAAAAUUUUGAGAGGAAAAUACAGGCUUCUAAUAGGGGUUUUUACUUUGAUUAUUGUGUUGACAAGCAUAAACAUCCUACUCGUGCUUUUUGGGCUGAUUCAAUCUGUAGGAAAAAUUAUGCAUUAUUUGGGGAUGUUGUUACUUUUGAUAGUACAUAUGAUACAAACAAAUAUUGUUUAGUUUUUUCUCCUUUCACUCGGGUUGAUCACCACAAAAAGUGUGUCACUUUUGGUUCAGCUUUGUUGUCCAAAGAAGAUACUGACUCUUUUGUUUGGUUGUUUGAGACAUUUUUGAAGUGCAUGGGUAAUUGUGAACCUUAUUGUUUGCUCACGGAUCAAGAUCCUGCCAUGUCAAUUGCUAUAGAGAAAGUGUUUAAAACGACUAAACCGCGUUUAUGUAUGUGGCAUAUAAUGCGUAAGGUGCCUGAUAAAGUUGGCCCUGUUCUUUGCAGAGAAACUGAUUUUUUGAAGAAGUUAAAUGCAGUGGUAUGGGAUUCUUGUUUGGAUCCAACUGAGUUUGUAUCCGGCAGGGAAGCUGUGAUGAAAUAA